AUGAUACUGUAUUCGCAACUGAAGGGCGAGGCGAACGUGUACACGAUGGACUACCGCGGGGUUGGACAGAGUACGCCCUUGAAGUGUGCGGCCCUAGCCAAGUCGUCAAGCUUUGUCGAUCUGGAUCUGGAACUGGUCCCUGCAUGUGCAAAGGAACUCGAGGAGAAGUACGGGGACCUCGCGGCCUUCUCGACCACCAGCGCUGCCAUGGACCUGACGACUUUCAUCUCGAAGUAUGGCAACGAUUUCAGUACGACCUUGUACGGAGUGAGCUACGGUACGAUCUGGGUGGAGCGCGUGAUGCAUCUCAAUCCUCCGGAGGUGACGGGGUACGUUCUGGACAGCGUCGCCACGACGUCG